AUGACAACUUCCGUUCAUAACCCCCAAUUGCGCCUUCUGAAUGCCCUCAGGGCUAAAAAGAAGCCGAUUAUGACGUUUUUAGGGCUUCCGUCAUUUCGCUCAGCGCAAAUUGUAGCCCAGACCGGCCUUGAUGUAAACUGUGAGCACGGUCAUAUCAGCGAUGAUUCUAUGCACAGUUCCACGGCGGCUAUUGCUGCUUUGGGGGUAUCUCCCCUUGUUCGUCUCAGAAUGACACAUGCGGAUUUGAUUAAAAGAGCUCUGGAUGCUGGCGCACAUGGCAUCGUUGUACCUCAAAUCAACACUGCCGAAGAUGCUAUAAGCGUUGUGUCUCAUUCGAAGUUCCCUCCUCAAGGAGUCCGGGGGCAAGGAUCUUCCUUUCCCGCGAUUGCUCAUGCUACCGACAUUUCAACAUAUAUGAAAACCGCCAACGAGACACUCAUUACUUGUGUUCAAAUUGAGACAAAGGCAGGCGUUGAGAAUGUUGACGCUAUCUGUGCUGUGUCUGGAGGUGACGAGCCCGAGUUUGUCAAUGCUAUUGAGAGGAUCGUAGCAGCAGCCCGAAAGCACGACAAAUGGGUUGGUAGAUUAUCAAACAACGGGGCAUUGUGUAAGGAGCAUCUGGAAAUUUUCGAUACCGUAGCGAUGAGUUACGAUGUGCGAGCCAUACAUAAUUGGUAUACAGGCGAAUUGCUGGUUGCUCGAUCAUAG